AUGGAAAAUAUUUUGACAGAUUCAAGUACUACGGAUUCUCAACAGAAUCCCAUCGUUUUUCUCGACAUAGCAAUAGAUAAUGAAAAAAUUGGAAGAAUAAUUAUCGAAUUAUUUAAACAUAUUACACCGCGUACUGCAGAAAAUUUUCGCGCACUCUGUACUGGAGAAAAAGGUAUUGGAAUUAAUGGUAAAAAAUUAUGUUACAAAGGAUCCGUUUUUCAUAAAAUUGUACCACAAUUUAUGAUCCAAGGGGGUGAUAUCAUAAACUUUGAUGGAACUGGUGGUGAAAGCAUUUACGGAGCACAUUUUGAAGAUGAAAAUUUUAAAGUUCAACAUUCUGAGAAAGGUCUUCUUAGCACAGUCAAUGAAGGAAAACCACAUACAAAUAAUUCACAGUUUAUUAUAACGACUGAAACUAGUGGUCAUUUAAAUAAUACCAAUGUUGUAUUUGGUAAAAUUUUGAGAGGAAUGGGUAUUGUACAAGAAAUAAGUGAAGGUCCUAUUGUCAAAGACAAACCACUACAGAUAUCUAAAAUUAUUGACUGUGGUGAAAUAAAAGGAGAAAACUGGGGUAUUGAAGAAAAUGAUGGGACUGUAGAUGUAUUUCCACCGUUUCCAGAAGAUUGGGAUUAUGCUUCAAAAAUAGACGCAUCAAAUAUUGACUAUAAUUACGUACACGAUGUAAUUAAUAAAAUCAAAACAUCUGGUAACCAUUAUUAUGGUAAAAAAAAUUAUACUACAGCAGAAAGAAAGUACAAAAAAGCUCUUGGAUAUUAUAACUGGCUUACUAAGAAUAAUAUUCCAGAAGAACUAAAAUUAAUUUUAUCCAGUAUACGUAUAUCAAUAAUGUUGAAUCAAUCUGCUACGAAAUUAAAACUGCUAAAAUAUCGUGAAGCUUUAGACCUUUGUAAUUUUGUAUUGUCUGAGGAUAAAACGAAUACUAAAGCUCUUUUUCGACGUAGUCAGGCAUAUAUUGGUUUGAAUGAUUACGAAACUGGUCUAGCUGACUUGAAACAAUUACAAUGUAUUGAUCCUGAUAAUCCUGAAAUUUCACGUGAAAUUGAUAAAGUCAAUAAAUCUAUCACAUCAUAUUUAAAUCAUGAAAAGCAGACGUUUAAACGUAUGUUUCGAUAA